CUCUCUCUCUUCGGUCUCGGCCUUACUUUCCUAGCGGCGACGACAGAGCGACUGGCGCCGCCGUUGGCCAGUUCUUCACCGGGGUAAUCGCCGGCGACGAUCAUACCACAAGGGCACCAAGCAUCAUGUCGGAGAGAGGUCGACUGCCACGGCGUCCCAUUGAUGACCGCAGGGGUUACCAUGAAGUUCGUCUAGUUCAUCCCAGAGGGUAUCCUGAAGUCCAUGACAUCCGUGCGGUUGAUGAACGUAGGGGGUAUCCUGACAACCGUCUGGUUGAUGAACGUAGGGGCUACCCUGGUGUUCGUUUGAUUGAUGACCAUAGGGGCUAUCCUGCCACUCGUGCUGAUGACCGUAGGGCCUAUCCUGACAUCCAUGAAGGCCCACGCAUGAGAGGAGCUCCUCAUCCUCACCCUCACCCUCACCCUCACCCAGCUGUUCUAGAGGAAGAGCUUGAGUUGCAGGAAGUUGAACUCCGGAGGCUUUUGGCAGAUAACCGUGCUCUGGCUGAGGAGCGUGCAGACUUAAACAGGGAAUUACAAGCUGGAAAAGAUGAGGUCCGCCACUUGAAUGUUAUCAUUUCAGACAUUACUGCUGAGAAGGAAGCUUAUAUCAGUAAGCUUGUGGACAAGAAGAGGAAGCUUGAAGCUGAACUUAGAGCAAAUGAGCACUUACGUGAUGAGAUUAUGCAGCUUCGUGGUGAAAUUGAGAAGCUCAUUGCUACUAGGAAAGAACUCUCUGCAGAGGCUGCAUCUCUCAUGGAAGAUCUGACCAGGGAAAAAUCUGUUAAGCACCAGCUACCUAUGCUGAAAGAAGAGCUUGAUGGUCUGCAACUGGAACUUAUUCAUGUGAGGACUGCUUGUGAACUAGAGCGAAAAGGGAAUUUUGAGUUGGUGGAACAAAGGAAGGCAAUGGAGAAGAAUAUGAUUUCUAUGGCACAAGAGAUUGAACAGAUGCGAGCUGAAUUAGCUAAAUUUGAAGUGAGACCAUGGGGCACAGGUGGAGCAUAUGGGAUGCAGAUGGGCAGCCCUGAGGUGGCCUUCACUAAGCCAUACGAAGAUAGCUAUAAUAUCCAUGCGGGGGUUUCUGAGAAAGGUCCUUUGCAUCCUCCUGAAUCUAGUUCAUGGGGGACAUAUGACAAGAACCGCCUUCAGUACCGUUAAGAUCACAAGAGUCAUGGGAGAAAGAGUUACCUUCUAGGGUGAAAUUCUUAGUUGAUCUGGUUAUGUGUACUGUAAGGGCGACACCCUACAUCAAGAUAUGUACACAGGAACCCUAUAGAACCAGAUGGUUUAUGAGUUGGAGAUAUGAGAAAAAUCCUCAAAGCACAGCAGCCAGCAUCGAAUGUUGCAAUACUUGACGGAAUAUGAAUGUUGACUUGGUUCAUAAGCAGGCAUUAUUAUAUUGUUGCAGUUCCCUCUGGAGCAUGUGAAAAUGCUUUUCAGUGCAUCAAAGCUGGUGGGGAACUUUGGUCUACUUGGAAGCCUUUGCCCCAUGUCAUGUCAUGAAUUCCUCUGUACGGAAAAUGAAAACAGUCUGCUGCAGUGAGAGUGUAAGUUUUGUUCAUUGGCGAGUUAGCUUGUGUCAGGCCUUCAAGUUUCCAAGCUCAAAAGUUCAGCUCAAAUCAGUUCAGUAUCUUGAUUAGUUAUUUAUAUUCAAUAUCUGGAUGAACUUACCUGGAGCAAUGGAGCUUGAGAUCAGUAAAGCCAUGUGAGCUUCUAUAAUCAGGAAUAUAAGCAAAGCUAAAUACUUGAUGCAAGAGCCCUUAUGGGUUGAAGAGAGUCCAUAGCAACCCUAUGUGAUUGAAGCCAGAAUGUGGCAUUAGGGUGCUGAUGCUGCUGGCCAGAGCCAUGUUUUUCACUAACUGUGGUUAUGAGUGCACUCAUGGGUGUCACGGCGAAACAAAGUUGCAUGCAAAAAGGCCUGCUCAUGGAACAUGUUGCCAGCAAGCUGUCUACUGUAUAUCACUAAAGCUUUGCCUGGAAUUGAAGAUUGUUUAAUACCUGUGUCCAUGUGUUCAUUGGAAGUUCGGGAAGGGUUCGUAUGUAAAGCACAAUGGAUAGUGCACACAAAGCUGUCUGGCAAAAGGAAACCGAGGAUUUCUCAGCCUUGAUACUCUACAUAACCAUUUAUCGUCUUAUGCUGAUUUGCUCCAUGCAGUGUUCCCCGACGUGUCACAGUUUGCUGUGUCUGCAGAUUCACUGCCCUGAAUUGAUCAUUUUCUGCAGCCAACUGCACAGUCAUGUGGUUCUUUGACCAUUUGUUGGAAGAAGUAUCGGAGACCCGGAAUGUCAAAAUGGUAAUGACCUUUUGGGGCAUCCUCUGCUGGCAUUGGCCAUGCGCAAUGGUUCAUUAUGGACCAACUGAAACCAAAAUGCGCCCUGGAUUUGCUAAGAUAAGUUAGGGAAUAGUUACUGCCAUGCGUUGAUGCGUAUACAUGAACAUGCUGCUGAGGGCCCUUUUGGAGUUUGGACUGCCCAGUCUGAUAAAAGGAAAAGCUUUCAACCACCAUCCGUGCUGAGGCCUGGUUUAUUUGCAAGAAAAUUGAAAGAGUUAUUUGCUAUUUUUGGAUAUGUGUGCAAUCAGCGAAAAUGGUGGUUCCUAAGGACAGUUUCUCUUGACUUGGUGCCGCCGCCACAGCCUCGUCUUGCUGCGUAAGGGCACUUCUGUUCAUUUCCCCGCCUUCCCUUUCUGAUGACAAAUCGAUGCUUUGGCAGAAUCCGUUUCCUCUGCAUGUCUAGAAGCAUGUUAUGUCGUUCAGCUUUGUUUCGUUGCCGGUCGCAAAGCAGGAACACAGCAAUACAUGACGAGCAAUCUGUUACAAAUUGGAAAAAAAAAACUUGGGGCCUCUUUAAAACGCAUGAUUAUCAGAACAUAGGAAUAAAAACACAAAAUAUUGGAGGGCCCAUCCAAUUAAAAUCCUACAGAAAUCAAGAAGGGUUUGGAUGCUACACAUGAAGAACGCAAGAAAAACAUGAGACUGGGCCUUUGUGCUUAUUUUAAAGAAGUUGCGCAAAAGGGUUGUAUUGUAGCGGAACUCUUUGAGAUUGGUAGUUACGAGGCAUCUGUUGACAAAUUGUGAGCUACUUCGAAAUAAAAUAAAUUGGAAGACACUUCACGUGCGACGGCCCAUUUCGAUCA